AUGAAUAUCAAAAAGUAAGACCUUGUGUAAGAUCUUAUUAAAGAAACACAACUUCUCAAAACCAAAUUACAAAUUGCUGAAUAGAACAUUACAAAUUUGAAACAAGUUUUGCAGCUUUAAAGUAGAAAUAAUUCUAAAUCUCCAAUUCAUCAACAUAAAUCCAAUCAAUUAAAUAAUUACUAUUCUCAAUAAUCAACUAUUACUACUGUUUCUAAUGAAAACCUUCUUGAUACUAAAUCUAUUUAACUAGUUAAAUCAUUAUAUAAUCAAAUUGAUUAACUGAAGUUUGAAAAUGUUUAAUAAAAAAAUAGAAUUGAAGCAUAAAACAAAACUAUUAAUCAAUAAAAUUAGGAUCAUUAAAAACUAAAAGAAUUGUAUGAACAAUAAACUUAACUAAUCAUUAAAUUAAGCAAUAUGAAUUAAGAGUUACUUGAUGAAAUCAGAACUCAAAAGGAGUAAUAGAAAUUAUAGCAAAAUUAGAUUUAGGAAUUAAAUGAACAAUUAAAAUCUAUGUAAAUUACAUAAAAUUAUCAUGAAGUUUCAUUUCAAGAAAGAUUCACUCUAUAAUAGCCUCCAAAUAUUACAAAUGAACAAUUGAAAGAGACUUAAUCAAAAUUUGAAAGUGUAUAAUUGCCUACAGAAAAUUUAUUAAUAUCAAUAACUAAUAAUAAUAAAAUUGAUAAAGAAAUACAGUGUUUAAUUAAUGAAGAACUACCAUAUACAAAAAACGAUCUUUUUAAUCUCUUAAGUAGAGCUGAAUAAGAAAUAAAUCAAUUACUUUAACUUUGA